AUGGGACUGUCAGGUCGCAAAGAAAAGCAGCGCAUUGCAGCUGAUCCCCGAAAUCUUGGAUGGGCAGGAGACGCUGCUCGGUUCGGCUCGACUUAUCUCUCAAAAUUUGGAUGGGAUCCGUCCAAGGGCCUUGGAGCUACCGGGGAGGGGCGGAUAUCGCACUUGAAGGUGGCGCAGAAGCUCGACAUGCUUGGGAUUGGUGCGGCUCAACAGAACGACGUUAAUGGUAUUGCCUGGAAACAAAAUAAAGAUUUUGAGGCCUUGCUACGACGGUUGAACGAAAGUACAGGCGAGGAAGCAAAGGGAUCUGUCGAAACGGUCGAGAUGCUUGAAGUAAAGGUCGAGGAGGACGACUACGAAAUUGCUGGGCAGGCAGAGAAGGGGCGAAAGAAACGCAAGAAAGGACAGGACGGAGAGCGUGAGGAGAGUGUUGAAGGAGCCGUGGAAGGGAGCAAGAAGGACAAGAAGAGACGAAAGAAGGAUAGAGAUGGUGGUGCAGAUGGUGAAGAUGUCGACGGUAACAAGGAAAAGAAGAGAAGGAAAAAGGACAAAGCCAGAGGCAGCGAUAUCGAACUCGUCGCAGGAACACAUGCGAACGAUAUUCCUGACGACGACCAACUACUCAGCGAGCCAUCCUCCUCAACAUCCGUUAUGCCCACCCCGACUGCAAGACGGCCGGCAAUGCGACAUCGAGCACAUCGCGCCCGCGCAAUUGCGUCUAAGAGUAUUGCCUCGAAAUCAUCCGCAGCCAUAGCUGAGAUAUUAGGCAUCUCACCGUCAGCAUCACCCUCUGUCACGGCUUCGGUUGUACAGACACCUAGAGCGGGAUCACCAGAGGUCACGCUCGAGAAACUCCAAACAUCUACUAAAAGCGUGUCGGACUACUUUAAAGAGAAGCUACUCCUUAAAUCGACCGGCUCGACCUCUGGCCCUUCGGCUUUGCGAGUGGAAAGUACUUUGAAGGUAGAGGUAGACUCUUGGGAUGAGACUCCUAGGCUUGGCCUUGGUUCUUCGUCGUUCGCCGCCUCAAUGACCACUGAGGUUGUGAAGACGGAAUCUAACCCAGGGAUCGGUAUGUCUGCAUUCUCCCGGCACCUUUCUUCGAUGUUUGCAUCUGCGACUUUGUCCUCGGAGGUGCCACAACAAGAGGAAAGUGAAGCAAAGCUGGUCGAAGAGCCCGAACCUUUACCGCAAGAAUCAGACCCUGAGUCAACGACCAAGAAAUCGAAGUCGAAAAAGAAGCGGAAAGGGAAAGAGCGGGAAGCAGAAGAUGUAUCACUCGUAGAUGAAGAGGUUAAUGGGGAGCCUGUAACGGAAACACUGCCUGCGGAGACGAAGGAGAAGGAGGAAAAGAAGAAAAAGAAACGGUCGCAAGAUAGUGCUGAAGCUUCCCUAGAAAAUGAAUCAAAAUCAGAAUCCAAGGAAGAACGUCGGCGUAAAAAGGCGGAGAAGUCAAGAGAGACUAGCUCAUUAGAAUAUUAA